AAAAUCAAGACAUUCUCCAGUGCUGAUCUGUCCUACUUCUCAGCCCAAAUGAUGCAUAGGUACACAGGAUCUAACGAGCAUUAAAAUUAAGAUGCAAAAUGGAAAUGUCAUGUUAUAACUGCUUUUUCAACCAAACUCAGAACUAAAGAGUCUCAGAUUCUUCAGACCUGUGGCCCAAAGCAUUAGCUAUGGCACGUGUUACAGUUGUUCCUGUCAUGCUGAUAUUAAGCUUUUACCAGUGUAAGACAGAGUUUUCCACUAGUCUGGCAAGUGGACAACGCAAAGUAAUGGAUGCACUUGGGCUACAUAAUGUUCUGUGGAUUACCAAGCAUGAUUCAAGAGUCAUUUUGUCCUGGAACAAUAACCUGACAAAAGAAGAAACUGAGAAAUACACUGUGAAGUAUAUUUUGAGUUAUAGGUUCUUCAAUUCCACUCAGGAAAGGAAAGAAAGACUGCAGGAAAAGAAGAAGAUAAUACGUCUUGAGUUACAGUCUGGCUUUAAGGCUAAAGUUAAGACACAGCUUUUUGCAAAAGAAACAGAAGACAUAAUUAAGGAGAGUGACUGGUCAGAAUUUACUUACGAGGCACCUCCAGUCUAUAUUCAGAAUCUUUCAUGCAUCAUAUACAACAUUUCCUUUUUCAAUUGCACUUGGAAUAUCAAAGCAGAAGCUCCUGAAGAUAUCCAGAUCUUUUCUUCAUACAGGCAUGUAGGAAAAUUGUUUGAAUGCCAGCAAUAUAUUAAAAAUGCAAGAAAGAAAAAUAUUGGAUGCCAUAUGAAGGAAAUAUAUUUUCAACCGUCAAGGAAAAUCAAUUUAAACAUAACAGCAAGAGAUUUCAGAAAUAAUUUGAGAGAACUGUCUUAUUACAAAACUUUUACACCUCAGACAAUAGAGAAGCUGAACCCACCAAACAACGUCUCAGUUUCCCUUGAAAACAGAAGUAUUAAAAUUCACUGGAAACCGCCACCCACUAUUGGUUCUGCAAAUAACAAGUGCUUUUUGUAUCAAGUGAAAAUAACAGAUCUUAAGAUUGUAAAUGUCACUGAAGAGAACUAUAAGUAUCCAUUUCAUAAGCCAGCAAAAAAAUGUGCAGCACAAGUGAGGGCAAAGAAAGAGAUAUGCAUAAGAAACAAGAUCUGGAGUGAAUGGAGUGAACCAGUGGUUAUUCAUGGUGAAAAGACAGUGAAUGUCCUGCUGCUAAGCAUCACAUUAUUUUGUCUUCUGAUUUUCCUUGGAGGUUUGCUGAUGUAUGCAUGUAGAAGGUAUAGUUGCCUGGAAGUUAUAACUAUGCCUGUUCCACAUCCUUCAGAUAAUAUCAAAACUUGGUUAACAGAUGAGACUCUUCACCAGCAACAUAUGUCAGUGCAAAUGGAGAUGCACUCAGAGGUUACUGUGGGAAUUCCAAAAAAGAAUAGAGAUGAGAACAUUGAACAACAGAAAUGUUUGAAGGACUCUGGAUUAGAAGACCUAUAGAGAUGAUACACCUUUUUUAUCUGCAUGCAAGAAUACCUUUCUGUGAGGUGAACAAUAACCUAAUGGAUCUAAGAACAACUGACAUGGGAAUUUGUCUGAGCCAAUAACUUGAAGUGUUUUGUGCUCAUGAUAUUGUGCAACUCUUAAAAUGAGCUUUAAA